AUGAUGUAUUCUUCCCAAAAUUCGGGCUGGCAGGCUAUCAUGGCCAAGAGAAAGGUCCUGGUGUCCUGUGUUCUCGGCCUCUUCUUCCUCGCUAUCGGGGCGGAUAUCCGGGCUGAACACGCCGCAGGACACGCCCAGAAGAUGCUGAAGCGCGACACUGAGACUACCAUCUGGCAGCCAGCCGCUGGAGUCAAAUGGCAGAUUCAGCUGAUCGACGCCGUCGAGGAUACCACCGCCGAUGCCGACAUCUGGGACAUCGACCUGUUCGACAACACCGCAGCCACGAUCUCCACCCUGCAGGCCAAGGGCCGCAAGGUCAUCUGCUACUUCUCCGCCGGAACCUACGAAGACUGGCGCUCCGACAUCAGCAAGUUCAACUCGGCAGACUUCGGCAGCAACCUCGAUGACUGGCCAGGCGAGAAGUGGCUGAACAUCAAGUCCACCAGCGUUCGAUCGAUCAUGAGUGCGCGCUUGGAUCUGGCAAAGGAGAAGGGCUGUGAUGGCGUGGACCCGGAUAACAUUGAUGCAUACGGCAAUGACAACGGUCUCGGUUUGACUGAGGCGGACUCCGUUGACUACUUGACUUUCCUUUCCACCGAGGCUCACUCUCGUGGCAUGGCUAUUGGUCUCAAGAAUGGUGGUGAUAUCAUCGGCUCUGUUAUUGACAAGAUGCAAUGGUCUGUCAAUGAGCAGUGUGCUGAGUACGAUGAGUGUGAUGUCUAUGCUGCCUUUACCGCGGUCAACAAGCCCGUUUUCCACAUUGAGUACUCCGAUGAGACUAUUGAAAGCGACAGCUCUUCGACUGAUACCACUACUGAUACCACUACUGAUACCACUACCGCUGCUACCACUGACACCAGCGAGGAUGUUGCUGCCGUGACCACUGCCGUAGCCACUGCCAGUGCAACUGCUUCUGCUUCUGCUUCUGCUUCUGCAACCGCUUCUGUCUCUGCUUCUUCCUCUACUUCCGCCUCCGCCGCUGUCGUCGCUACUACCAGCACCACCACUACAACAACUUCUGCUGCCACUACUGCUACAACUGAUGCCGAUACCAACUCGACCUCGGACGCUACGACUGACACGACCGCUGACGAGGAUGACGAGACUGACGACGACUCCGAUGAUGACUCUGAGGAUGACGAUACCUCUGAGGAUGAUGAUACCUCUGAGGAUGAUGAUACCUCUGAGGAUGAUGAUACCUCUGAGGAUGAUGAUACCUCUGAGGAUGAUGAUACCUCUGAGGAUGAUGAUACCUCUGAGGAUGAUGAUACCUCCGAAAAUGACACCAACACCAACACCACCUACGUUCACAAGCACAAGCACCGCCACAACAAGAUCGAGCGCCGAGCCACCCUCUCCGCCUCUCUGAAGUCAACCGCCUGCAAUGCAAAGAGCGCUGACAAAUUCUCCACUGUUAUCAAGAACAUGAACUUGGACGCUUGGGUUGAAUAUUGCUAG